AUGCAGAAGAACUUUGCCCAGAUGAACGCCAACAAGAACAACAUAGAGUUGCCCCCACAGAUCAUGGUACCUAACAACAAGGCACAAGUGAAUGCAGUUAACCUGAGGAGUGGCAAGACUUUGCCUGAAGUAGUGCAUGUGGCUGAAGAUGGAUCUGAGCCCACAAACAAUGAAGAGAAGGUGGAUGAGGAGAUAAAGAUGGAGAAACCACCCCAACCUACCCCAGAAUUGAAAAAGAAGGAUGUGCCCAAAGCCGAAGAGAAAUCCAAGGUGGUCAUCAAGCCUCCCUUCCCAGGCCGACUGGCUAAGAACCGUGAGGCAGAGGAGAUGAGCAGCUUGGUCAAGAUGUUCCAAAAGGAGAUCUAUACCAAGAAGGUCGUGUACACGAGCGAUGUUAAGUUCCAUAUGGGAGAACAGGUGUCGGCUGUACUCAAGAGGGAUAUGCCCACAAAAUACGAAGAUCCGGGGAUGUUCUACAUACUAUGCAUCAUUGGAGAUACAAGGAUCAAGCAAGCCAUGCUGGACCUGGGCGCAUCAAUCAACGUUAUGCCUUUGACCAUAUACCAGGAGCUGAAGAUAGGAUCACUCAAACCCACACGAGUGGUGAUUCAAUUGGCGGACAUGUCAAGUGUGUACCCUGAGGGCAUAGUAGAUAACGUUCUUGUUAAGGUCCAAGACCUUAUCUUCCCAGCCAACUUCUAUGUGCUGAACAUGGCAGGUUCCAAGGCAAAGCCAGCGGUGAUGCUUCUAGGCAGACCAUUCCUCAAGACGGCUCAAACCCAAAUUGACUGCGCAACUGGGAAGCUAACGUGCCGAUUCGAUAGAGAAACUGUGACUUUCAACUUGUUCAAGGCAACUAAGCAUCCGACUGAUAUUGAAAGUCUGGAGUUCAUUGAUAUCAUAGAUCGAGUGGUGGACCAUGCUAUGCCCUCUAUGCACAGAAAUUGA